UGGGGACUACUCGCUCCAGCUCCAGCUGCCGUUUUGUCCCAUUUGGAGGCUUUUUUCCCAGCUUUUUUUUUUACCCCCCCACAAUUUAUUAUCCUAAUUUCCAUUUCCACAUAGACACAGAGUCACAUCUGGGAACUCCACACACUUUGAUUCCUUCUCGGAAACAAACCUGAUCCUUUUCAUGUGAAGGACCUCGACCUACCCCUGACUAUCAGCCUGCAAACCAGCCUGUGUGCCCACCAGCAUAAACACAAAAGCAUUUCGCUUUGACAAUUAGCCAGUGAAGCAGCCUGUGAGAUAUUUACUGGGCCUGACCAGACAGAAGGGCAGCCAUGUUGAUCAUCUUAGCCUUCAUCCUCCUCUUCCACGUGGCUGCAGCCAUCCUCCUCUUUGUUGCAACCAUUCACAACGCGUGGUGGGUGGUGAAGCCAGCGGGACAUGAUGUGAUCUACACCGACCUGUGGUACUCCUGUAACUCCACCUGCUUUCCUGUAGAGAACAGCCAUACUGUUGAUGCAGCCUAUCUGCAGACCGUCCAGGCUACCAUGAUUCUGGCCACCAUUUUAUGUUGUGUCAGCUUCUUCGUCUUCAUCCUUCAGCUCUUCAGGCUCCAACAGGGAGAAAGAUUUGUUUUCACUGCUGUUAUCCAGCUUCUGGCCACUCUAUGUGUAUUGAUCGCGGCGUCCGUCUACACGGCUCAGAACAAGAGCUUCCACGUGGCGAGUCUCCAGGAGGGCUCCUUCGGCUCCUCCUACAUCCUGGCCUGGAUCAGCUUCCCCAUGACUCUCAUCAGCGGCAUCAUGUACCUGGUGCUCAGGAAGCGCAAAUAGAUAUGAUGGGCUUGACUUAGAGGCCCACUGAUGUUCAAAAAUCACAAACAGGAACACUUGGACAUUCGCAUAAAGACAUACACUUUUCAUCAACAAACAUGCAUGCACACAUUCUCUCUGGAACCCUUAGAUUUUUUAUUAACAUAUGAGAAAAAGCCUUACAACACAUAUCCAGAUUCAUGUUAAAUCCAGGCAAUUCACCAUUUAAACCGUAAAAUAGUUGCAUAACGUUCUCCUUCCUGAUGAUAUUUUUGUUCUCACUGAAUGUAGCUAAGGAAACCCAGUGUGUUCCUUUUUGACAGGCUCUAUUAUACACUUUUAAUCCAGAUAAGUGCCUUAGAAACACUGCAAAGACUCAACUGAAUAGACCCACUGUGAGUCAGGUGGUCUUUGUUUUGGCAUGACAGCCACUAAAACACAUUCUUAAAACAUUCGAGUUGAGAAACGCGAUUUGAUCUGUAGUUGGAAAAGUGUAAUCUGAGUUUUGCCGUGCUGGAUAGAUAUAUUUACAUGAAGUUGAGGUCAAAUCUACUGGAUGCAAAUCAGAUCAGUAAACGCACCACACAUGAGUCUUGUUGCAUUCAGCCCUCGCUCACUGCAUAGAACCGUAGAAAAGUCAUUUGAGUUUCCUCGCUGCCUUUAGUGAGAACAUGCCUUCACUAUCAUCUUCCCACUUCGCCCCUCUGCCAUUUCAAAGGACAUGAGCACUGUUCUAACAUACUGAUUUGUCUCCUUCACACAUUUCAUUGUGUCCUGAUUCCUACCAACUCCAUUCAUAGGAGAAAUAUGUGCUCACGACGGAUAAAGUGGAGAGAUUUGUCUUACUGGGACACAUGCCCUGGACUUCCCAAAGGCUCCAUACUUUCUUUGUGAAUCUACAGUAAACAGAAUUUAUUUUGUACAUAUUUGCUGUGUAUGUAUAGUUCAGGUAAUUGCCAAAAUUGCUUAUUUCUAAGAUUGAAAUAUUAAAACUAUAAAUAUAAAAAUAAAGACAAAUUCUUAUGUUAACCAUAGCUUACAGGAAGUGUAGUGAGGCACUAGUUUAAUAUGUAGGAUUUUAAUUUGUUGUGUGUAUUCUUCUGUUACUGACUUGUGUUUUAAUGGUGAAAAAGGAACCAAUGAUGUGCUGUGAUAUUCGGGAUUUUUAAAAUGACAACAUAGCAACAUGCAAACUUGAAAUAUGAAUGAACAUUUCUUUGUUAUUAUUAUGGUUUUUUUUGUUUGUUUUGUUGCAUCUUCACUGAGAAAAAGACAAAAGCUAUUUAUCGUUUAAAACCACUGUUGUGUAUUUUUAGCCUCAUGUGACUGAGGAUGUAUGAAGUAACUAAGUCUUUAUUUUUCUCUUGCUGGGCUUCUGUUAAUUUGGUCCAUUACUGAAACAUCUCUAACACCUUAUGCACAUGUGUGCUCUGGCAUUUAACAACAAUAAAUGUGUAACUGUACUGUACCUGUCACAGAUUCACAGAAUUACUCCUAAUUUCAGCCUUCGUGGAACUAUAGAGAUACUAGUUGAUCCCACAGCAGCACUGUGUCGACUGUUUUCCUCUUACUUGGUGUUAGUUUGGGGGUUAAACAGUAAAUUGAGACCAGCGGGGUAUUAAUGCAUGCAGCUUGGACUUGAUUGAUCCUUCAGAGGUGCACUGGGUUGUUUUAUGAUAUGAAUAUGUUCGUGUCGGGCCAAAUUUGGACCACAGAGUCCGGUGGUAACUUACCAUCUCACCAAUGCUAAAGAUUCAGGGAAACUAAGUGGAAGUGAACAUUUUGCUCUCAAGAUGAUACUUGAAAAUGAUCAAAAGAACAUAUUGGAGGCCAAGAUUGUGAUGCUUGUUCAUAGGUUUUGUGAAGUUGUCAUCUUCAGAGUGCUUUACUAAAUAAUAAUCUUCCUGUUUGCAUGCAAGUGUUUGUCUUUCAGCAGAUACAUUUUGUACCUACAAUGAGAUGAAAAGAAAGUUGAUGCAGUCAAAUAUUGAAGAUUUUUUUAGGCGAAAUAUGAUUUAUUAGAGAUAAUUAAAAGUUUGUUACUAUUUAGUUUAGCUUUGGUGAUUAUAAAACAGAUCUCAAUUUAUAAUACUUGAACUUCUGUGCAAAACCCUGCUGCAGAUUUUGAACAAAAACCGAAGCAAUCCCCUUUAAGAGUUGAGUUAUCAGAGCCCUUCUUGAUUUGGAAUUUGAAAUGUUUGUUUAGGAUUGAUACUUUUUCUGUAGUUUUUUCCUGUAGAUUUAUAUCAACGUAGAUGUACUGUAUCUUAGUUAAUGUAGAUCUGUACAAAUAAACACAGUGACAAAUGUGAGCUGUUGAAGCCCAGACUGUAUUUAUAUGGAAUCAAUUUUUUAUUUAACUUUUUUUGCAGUUUAAAUAUUUCUCGUGCUUAUUGAAGUAUUAAUUCCACAUUGAUUGAAAGUCAUGUUGCUUUAUAAUGGAGACAUGUUGAAAUGGUCAAUGUUUGAAGAACUUACAUUAAACAAGUUUAUUUUCUUGCAUAAAAUUCAUCCAAAAGUUUUUGUAAGUUUUGACACCGGCUUUAGGUGUAUGUCACGUUAAAUAAAUGAGAGAAUGCAUUUUGAUUUUACUAUUUUAGGAAAAAAUGACAUAACAACAUGCAAUUCAUUUUGACAUUUGGUGUAAGAUUAGUGGCUGCGUCUGUAAUCUGUAAAAUCCUACUCAUGUAUUCACAUGUCAUCAAACUAAAAUGUUUGUCUGUUAUUGACACCUAGUGGACCGAUAGAAAACGACACAAUGUUAAAGUGAUAGCUUUAUGGUUUCAGGCUCCAGAAUAGCUCCUGAAAAGAAUGAACUAGUUACUGCUGCUGAAUUAGUCUGCUCUAAUCUCAAAACUACAGACUGGGCAAACUUCCAACAGAUUCAGGAACAAAGACUCAUCUCCCCCUGCAAGAAUAUAAAGGUGCUUUUUCCCCCUGUUGAAUCCUGUUCUCUAGAUCUCAAUAAAUGUAUUUUACAAUGAAUAAAU